AUGGUAAGCAUUACAGCUUCUUAUACUAUGAUUCCACGAGAAUCAACUCCACAAGGUGCUAGAUUAGAAUUGAAUCUGAAUGCAAAAGGUGCUAUUUUGCUUGAAGCUGAAAGCAAUAAAAGCAUUCAUGAUUAUGGUGACUUUUCACCUUCUGACUCAACCAGAGAGCUUGCUCCAUUAUUCGAUUAUAAUGGAGUGAUUGAAGAAAUUCCAUUAUUUGCUGUGCAGCUGACAAGGUUCAAAAACAAUGAAGGCUUUGCAAUUGGAGUUUCUUUUUCGCAUAUCUUAUCAGAUGGACUUGGAGCCAUUAGAAUGAUGAACUCAUGGGCCAAAAUAGCUAACACUUGA